GGAGGGGGGGUCGCCGGAGUGGGGUUUGUUUCCGGAAGUGCCCGCGCUUCUGCUGGGCCUGAGCCGAGGCCUGACCCGGCCCGCGGCUCUCGCUGCUGCUACUGUUGCUACUGCUGUCGCUGAAGCCGGAGCCGGCCAGCCAGCCGCAGGGAUGGAGAUAACCAGGAACAAUUUUAAGGACAAUCUCAGCAAAGUUUAUGAAGCUAUUGAAGAUGCAGACUUUUUGGCUAUCGAUGGAGAGUUUUCAGGAAUUAGCGAUGGACCAUCUGUUAGCGCAUUAACGAAUGGAUUCGACACACCUGAAGAAAGGUAUCAAAAACUUAAAAAGCAUUCCAUGGAUUUCUUGCUGUUCCAGUUUGGCCUUUGCACUUUUAAAUACGAUCUCACAGAAUCUAAGUACGUUAUAAAAACGUUUAAUUUCUACAUCUUCCCCAAACCUUUCAAUAGAACGUCGCCAGAUGUGAAGUUUGUCUGUCAGAGUUCAAGUAUAGACUUUUUAGCAAACCAGGGAUUUGAUUUUAAUAAAGUUUUUCGCAAUGGAAUCCCUUAUUUAAAUCAAGAGGAGGAAAGGCAGCUACGGGAGCAAUAUGACGAAAGGCGAUCCCAAGCCAACGGAGUGGGGGCCUUGUCGUACGUGUCCCCCAAUGCUUCGAAGUGCCCUGUGACCAUUCCAGAGGACCAGAAGAAGUUCAUUGAGAAAGUAGUAGAAAGGAUAGAAGACCUCUUGCAGAAGGAAGAGAGCACAAAUUUGGAGCUGGAACCAUGCACAGGAUUCCAGAGGAAACUAAUUUAUCAGACGCUGAGCUGGAAGUUUCCGAAAGGCAUCCAUGUCGAAACUCAGGAAACGGAGAAGAAGGAAAGAUACAUUAUCAUUAGCAAAGUGGAUGAAGAGGAGCGAAAAAGGAGAGAGCAGCAGAAGCGAGUGAAGGAGCAGGAAGAACUCAAAGACGCAGUGGGGUUUUCCCGAGUCGUUCACGCUCUUGCAAAUUCCGGCAAGCUUGUGGUUGGACACAACAUGUUGCUGGAUGUCAUGCAUACCAUCCACCAGUUUUACUGCCCGCUACCUGAGGAUCUCAAUGAGUUUAAAGAACUGGCGACAUGUGUCUUUCCAAGGUUACUGGACACUAAGUUGAUGGCCAGCACUCAGCCGUUCAAGGAAAUCAUUAACAACACAUCCCUUGCAGAGCUGGAGAAGCGUGUAAAGGAGACUCCCUUCAGCCCUCCAAAAGUCGAAAGCGCAGAGGGAUUCCCGAGUUACGACACAGCUUCAGAGCAGCUUCACGAAGCAGGUUAUGACGCUUACAUCACAGGCCUGUGCUUCAUCUCCAUGGCCAACUUCCUAGGUUCCUAUCUCAGCCCCCCCAAAAGUCACGUGUCUGCCAAAUCAAAGCUCAUCGAACCUUUUUUCAACAAACUGUUUCUGAUGCGGGUGAUGGACAUCCCAUAUCUUAACUUGGAAGGACCAGACCUGCAGCCAAAACGCGACCACGUUCUUUACGUUACGUUUCCCAAAGAGUGGAAGACGAGCGACCUUUACCAGCUUUUCAGUGCUUUUGGCAACAUUCAGGUUUCCUGGAUCGAUGAUACGUCAGCCUUUGUGUCGCUUAGCCAGCCUGAACAAGUACAGAUUGCCGUAAACACCAGCAAGUACGCCGAAAGCUACAGAAUCCAGACCUACGCAGAAUACGUGGAGAAGAAGCACGAGGAGAAGAGGCAGGGCAAGAGGAAAUGGACGGAAGAUGGUUGGAAGGAGAUGGAGGGAAAGCGGCUGAAAACACAGGCCGCUCCGUACGUGCUUCAAAACCGGUACUACAACCCGAACAGUUUUUCAGCUACCAGCACCGUGGGGAAGAGAAGCAUGAGCCCCAUUCAAGAGGAGAGUGGCUGUGACGACGUGGAAGAGAGCGAAAUGCAGGAGGAUCCCCCAGACUCCUUUGCGGAGCCCUUGGAAGAGGGGAAGAAAAAAACCAAGAAGUUCAAGAAAGCCAAAAGGGAACAUGCCCCAGCAGAAGACCUCCCGGCCCAGCCCACCCAACUUUUCGACGUUCCAGACACGUGGUAGCAUCCGGCUACGACACCAGCGCGAAGCAGACUCCCAGUUCGGACGAAUCUGCAGCCCCUCGCACCUCGGCCGGGCUGCCCUUUAUUUUAAAACGAAGUUGGGGGGGGGUGUUUAUAUAAUAGACA